AGGCAACGAACUGGAAACGGGUGCCAGUUCAGUCAUCGCUUGGCUCUGGUGCUGGUGGCAAACAAAUCGCGCUUCGUCCACUUGAUAUAGUUUUUUUUUUGUGUGUUGUUGUUGUUGUUGUUUCAUUUGAUUCGUCAAUUUGCGCCGCAGCUCGUCCGUCUAAAGAAAAAGUGAUGCGAUCGUGCGCAAACACAAGUGGAGCAGAGACAGAAUCAGAACCAGAAUCAGAGACAGAGUCAGAGUCAGAGGUAGGGACAGAGACAGGGACAGUCACAGGGAGCCUACAGAAGCAGGCGAUUGAAUAACAAAUAAAACAUAUACUCGACAGUUAUAGCCAGACAAAUAAUAAAUCGUACACAUAUAUAAAUAUAUAUAUAUAUAUAUACACAUACAUAUACUACACGUACAUACAACAUACAUUUAUAAAGGAACGUAUUGGGGCACUGAUAGUGCAUUGAAUAGGAGAUGGAGCUCUAUACGUCGGACAGCUCGGAUACGGAUUCGCGCGAGCUGAAAACUAUAGAUUUUGGUCGCAUGAAUCUGGAUGUUGGCACACUGGAGGAUCAUUUGAGUUCGCCGCAGAAGGGCCUGCUCAAAUCUAGCGGCGACAUUGAGACGCUGCUGCUCAAUCACAACCGACUUGUGGCACUGCCACGCAUGCUCCAGCUUUUCAACAAUCUCAAGAUACUUGAUCUGAGCUCCAAUGCGCUCACCCAGUUGCCGGAUGCGAUUUGCCAGCUGCCGCUGGUCACGCUGAUUGCCAAAAACAAUCUGCUGACCAGCUCAUCGCUACCCAAAUCGCUGCUCACCAAGCAGACAACGGGCAAUGGCACCUCAACGUUAAAGGAGCUCAAUUUGAGCGGCAAUCAGCUGAUCCACUUCCCAGAACAGGUCACCGAACUGCGCCAGCUCAAGUAUCUGUAUUUGGGCGGCAACAAGAUCUCGAUCAUAUCCAAGGAUAUCUGGAAGAUGCAAAGUCUGCAUGUGCUAUCGCUGGGUGGCAAUCUGGUCAACGAGGUGCCCGAGGCGGUUGGCUCACUGAGCCAGCUGCAGGCCCUUGUCCUGUGCGACAAUCACAUCGAGCAUCUGCCGACGAGCAUUGCACGGCUGAAGAACCUGAAAUCGCUGCUGCUGCACAAGAAUAGACUGAAGCACUUGCCCAAGGACAUUGUCGCCCUGAAGAAUCUGACCGAGCUGAGCCUCCGUGAUAAUCCGCUGGUGGUGCGGUUCGUGCAGGACAUGGCAUUGAAGCCGCCGACGCUCCUGGAGCUGGCUGGUCGCAUCGUAAAGGCCAGUGGACAGCGGCCGGGUCCCAAUGACCUGCCGCGCACCCUGGCCGAGUAUCUGAACAGCGCCAACUGCUGCGUGAAUCCCAACUGCAAGGGCGUCUUCUUCGACAAUCGCGUGGAGCACAUCAAGUUCGUCGAUUUCUGUGGCAAGUAUCGCGUGCCGCUGCUACAGUACCUCUGCUCCUCCAAGUGCAUUGAGCCCGAGGAUGCCCCAUCCCGGGCAUCCUGCAGCAACGCCAGCGCCAGCAGCGGCUUCAUGAUGCGCAAGGUACUCCUGGGCUAGACGACAUCCAGGCAUCCAAGUUCGGGCAUCCGUGUCCGUUAACGUUAACAGAGACCAACCAAUCGCUCGACAAAGUCGUUGGCUCGGCCACGUCUCAAACGGAACGGAUCCGGAACCGGAUUGUGGAUCGCGAAUCACGGUAACCACUCGUCGUCGGUUGUGGCUGUGGUGUUGUUGCGGCAGAGCCGCGCUCUUAAAAUCCAUUGGCUUUAUCACACAAAUACCAAAAAUGUUUUACCAAACUUGCCAUAUGCAUUUUUUGUUCAUUGUUUUGUUAUGCCUUAUACUCCAAAAUCAAACAUGAAAUAUAUAUUUCUAUAUACAUA